AUGGGCUGGGCUUUGCCCGGGCUUCUCCACUUGGCCGCCCGCGUGACGAUUGCGCCAGCCGCCGUUGGAGGCCGACCAGAACAAAAGCCCAGGCUGCCAUUCACACUACUUCAAAACCUUGCAUCAACAAACCAUUUCGUCCUGAUCCGCAACUUUCUUCUCUUUUGCACUCUCAUCUUGCCCUCUUUCCCCUGGCACUCCCCGCAUACUUCGCAAAUGUGCUCCGCAGACAUUUUCCUCGGCGUCCUCGCCAUUCUCUUCCCUCCUCUGCCUGUCUGGGUCAAGUGCGGCAUCUGUAGCGCCGACUCGCUCAUCAACAUUCUUCUGUGCCUCCUCGGCUACGUCCCCGGCCUGCUGCACGCCUGGUACAUCAUCGCCAAGUUCCCCGAGCCGCCCUACGAGUACGAGACACUGAACCACGGCGGCGAGGGCGGCUGCGGCCGCGUCACAUACGUCUACGUCCCGUCGCCGCACGGCCAGCACCAACCCCGGCCGCAGCAGCAGGGCGGCAUGAACUAUGGCGGAACCAGCGGCGGCGCCCAGCAGCAGCAGGGCGUGACGGCGGCGAAUGAUAAUGGCGCGGGACGCUCCGACGGACAGGUCCCGCCGUCGUAUGCGGCCGCCGUCGCUGGUGACCACAAGGUGCAGUCGCAUGAUUAG